AUGACCUUUACAAAAUGUCCAUUCUGUGAGUCUCAAUCUCUCUCCCUCUCUUCCUCUCCUCCCUCUCUCCGUCUCUCCCUCUCCUUCCUCUCUCCCUCUCCUCCCUCUCCUCCCUCUCCUCCCUCUGCUCCCUCUCCUUCCUCUCCUCCCUCUCCCUCCUCUCCUCCGUCCCUCCCUCUCCUCCCUCUCCUCCCUCUCCUCCCUCUCCUCGCUCUCCUCCCUCUCCUCCCUCUCCUCGCUCUCCUCCCUCUCCUCCCUCUCCUCCCUCUCCUCCCUCUUCUCCCUCUCGCCCCUCUCCUCCCUCUCCCUCUCCUCCCUCUCUUCCUCUCUCUCUCCCGGUUGGUUGCUUCCUUUAGUGCCUUUUGUGGACUGUAUGAGGAUCUGCCUGGGAAGCCGCCGAGCGUUAAGAUAUGA